CAAUUUGCGAAUGAAGCAAGCAUGUGCGCGGCCGGCUUUCAGUCAGCGAAGAGUGGUAGGAUGGGAUCAGACGAGGUGACAUCGCUCUUAACAUUGUUUCUCCCUUCCUAUUAACAUCCUCGUACGACAACUUCUUUCUGCGCCGUGCACGUCCUUUUCACAUCGCACGUCCCGAGCACUGGGUGAAACCAGGUCCCACACCAAGAUACGAAGUCCGCUCACAAGCUCGAGCAUCCACUCAACAGGGACCCGCGUCUUGGCCUUUCUCGCCUCUUCAUCCACUCGCCCUAGCUUCAAACCCAAUCCACCACCUGUCCACCGUGAUCACCGCCCAUCAUGCCCUCUUCUCCUGUAAUCGCAAAGGCCAACAUGCGCCUGUACGAGUCCUACAUCACCACGUCCCCCAGGGCACACAUGGUCUUUAAGGCUCCUUUGAACAAGCUGCGACAAAGGACAGCAGAGCUCGUUGAUCAGAUCACAGGAGCCACUCUGCCUCCGGAGGUGGUGCAGCAGGAGUCUGCCAUCAAGGAAGAGAAGCGCAAGUGGAAAUGUAGAGCUUGUAGGGUGGCAUUUGCGGGGGAUAGGGAAUUGCAGAGGCACUUCCAUCUCUUCCCGGCGCACCUCGAAGUCAUCGAAGCCCGGCGGCAAGGACGCCCUGUAGUACGACACUCGGCAUCAGCGGACGCGGGGCUCAUGCUCGCCAAGACUCCCGACGCCAGCAAGAAGAAGCAGAUCAGCAGCAGCAGCAGCAGCAGCACCAGGGGCGGUAGCAGCUCCAAACCCCGCUCUUCACGACCGCAUCGUAGCCGCACAGCUUCAGCCGACGUCUAUGCCGGUAUCGGAGAGCCAGUCUCCGUACCAGGGCAGUACGAAGCCAACCAAGAGCAGCAAUUCACCGUCGUCGGGCCGAUCUCGCAUCGCAGUAUCCCCGGUGGCCAUACGCAUCCCUCAGACGCGGCUCGACGCCCUCGUAGGCGAGGCAGCCAGCGUCGCCGUGGCUCAUCCCCCUCUAUCAGUUCGGUCGCGCCCAAUGCCAAUGAAGAGCAGGGUCGCCGCAGCGUGCAGCGCGUUGAGGAGGAGAGGAGGUUGGCCAAGGUGGCAAAGGCCGCUCACGAGGCGAAGAUGGAGGCUGUCGCUGCCAGGCGGAAUAGUGGGCUUGGAAGGCGACCGAGGGAGGUCGAGAAGGAGAAUACCGAAGGAGCCAAUGGAGAAGAUGUUGGUCGGUUGAGGAGGAGGAGCUUCAGUGAGGGACUUGUGUCCGUGCUCAAGAGGCCGAGCUCCUCCAUGUCUCUGAGGGGCAAGGCGGCUAUGCAGGAGCAGCAACAGGCCGGAACGUCAAGGGCGUCACUGGACCAAGGGUCUAGUACUGCGACGUUCCCUCAGCCCGCCGUGGGCGAGCUCGUACCGAACGUCCGGUGGGAUUCCGCCACACGGAGAGCCAAGAGCCACGGGGACGUCUUCUUCGACGCCGAGACGGGCGAGAUGGGCAGCGACUUUGCAGGCGAUGAUGACGGAGAGACAGCCUUCUCCUCUGUACAUGGAGAGACGGCCGCUGUAGCUCAUGCUGCGCCAAUCGGGUCGUCGAUGUUGGUCAAUCUCCCGGGCGCAAAUGGGUCCAGCUCCUCUUUAGGGUUGGGCUUGGGCAGCGGCGGAAGGCGUCGCUCUAGCGUGUCGUCGAUCCAGCGGAAGGCUGCCCCCAAGCCGUCCGUGGACGAGUUGAGGGCCGCGUACGCUACUACGUCCAUGGAUCCCGCUUCGCCCCCGCCUCAAUCGCAGGCUACACGACCUCCUCUCCCAGCACGUCCAUCGGCAGCACUCUCUCGUGACCCCUUUGCAGAGUCUGAGCCAAAUCGCAGCAAUGUGGAAUGGGUCCCAUCUUCUCGUCCAUUGCCCACUGUGCCAAAUCAGAGCAGGCGGAUGUCCGGCAACUUCACCACAGCGAGCCCGCGCUCCUCCUUCUCGCUCGCACCUGCUAUGGCCGCGGCGACGACGAGUGCGGCAGUGGCGGGUGACAAGUCAGCCCCGUUGCUACCACCAAUCGACACGUCCGACUCCCUCUUGGCGCUGCUGAGCGACCGGAGGGGCAGUGGCUCGUCUGCGGCAGCAAGGCCAACUGUUCUGGGCUCGCCUCUCGGAGGGGUGCGUAUAGCCAGCCCGCGGCCUCAGUCGCCUCCGCCUGCCACCGUGACUCAACAGCAUCCCGUCUCACCUCCGCCCAUGUUGAGGACGAGGCGAAGCACGAACCCCUUUCUGCCAGAGGACGCAGGCCAAGUCGCGACGCGCACCUCGUCGGAUUUGCCAUACCUGGCAAGGCAAGCCACCGGCGGCGCCUCGUACAGUCCGACGGUCUACACAGCCUCACCGCAGACGCCCGUGACGCCCGGAUUUGCCUCUUUGCCAGCGAGGGACCGAACCAAAUCAUCUGGCGCAUUCUUCGGCGCAGGUGAUACUGCAGGCGGACCAAGCUACGGUUAUGGCCCGAGCUUCCCUCCUCAACAGCAGCAGCAGCCGUACGGUGUUUCACCCUCUUCGCCCUCGUCACCUCCUCCGCCGAGGUACAGCACGAUCGUGCCCUCUGCAUCGGCAGGCGGUGUUGCUGCUCCCGCUGGUCCACGGUCUCCGCCUCUGCCGCCGCUGCUACAACAGCAGCAGCAGCAGCAGCAGAAUCAGACCGGACGUCCAGGAUACCAUCAGCACCAGCGCGCAAGCACAAUGCCCAUGGCUAUGGCAAGCGGCAUGGCUCCGCCGAUGUCUCCGCCAGCGCAUCUUGCCUCCCACUAUGCAGCAGCACCGGCUCCGGCUGGGACUCCUGUUCCUCAAAGUAACUACGCCUAUCACCACCAGCCCUACGCAACCUACUCGCCUCGUAGCGCAGCACCGGCCCCCAUGCCAACCUCACCGAUGUCACCGCGCAACCCAUACUUUGCUGAGCUACACGGUGAUGUCACGGGUGGCAGCGCUAUGACCCCUGGCUCGCCCUUCCCUGCCGCCGUCGACUCGCCGUCAUCUCCAUCUUCGCCCGCCUUCAGGCCGGCGGCAAGGACGAGGGCGUACAGCAGCAAUAAUCCUUUUGCUCGGCAGGCGUUCGUGGAGCAGAGCCAAUACCAGCAGCAGCGGCAGCGGUAGAGCCGGCAGCAGCGAGCUUAGCUGUUGAAAGGAGUCGCAUGAGUCUUGCCAAGCAGGAUCGCGAGCCUGGUCCAGGGCCGCGGGCGAGGACGAUUACGGAUCGUGCGCGCAAAGAGGGUCGGUUGAGGUAAGAUUGGGAAGGUAAAUCGUCGUCCUUUUUCUCGUCUACGAUUGUUGCUUUGUUCUUGUGAUUGAAAUUGAUGCCGAUGCCUGCU